AUGGGUCGGCCGCCACCGCCUGAAAAGCAUCCAAACCCCCCUAUGUCGCCGCUUGGCACGGUCGUUCCCAUGAAUAGGGAACAAAGCAAUACGUCCUCACCCGAAGUGUCAUCAACAUCGUCUGGUAUUCGUUUAGAUGUUGAAUGCCGAGAGCUCACGACCGAGCCGGUUGAGCAUCCUGAAAUGUCUGUUCGCCCUCGAAGGUUCCUAGCACAACCUGUCGAGACCACAUCCCGUAACUCCCAGCCUCGGUCAUCAGCACCAGCUCACCACACAGAGAAAGAUCAGAAUGACUCGCUUCCCCCCUUAACUCCAGAGACUUCGCUGGCAGUGGAACGGCCUCGGCGUAUGCUCCCAGUGCCAAUCGAAACAUCCAAAGCCCAUAAAUCUGGCACUGUAGAACGAAACCGGGACCAGGAUUCAUCACGGAUGGCACCAGGGGUUCCAAGACGUUUCAAACCUGAAGUGCUUGAAACUGACCGUCGCUCAGUCAAAGGAAAAUCAAGCGAGGUUGCUCGUCAACUUACACUCCCCACGGCCAACGAGGGGUUGAUUGGGCAUGUGGAACCCACACAGCGCAUUUUUCAUGCAGUUCCCACCAUUCCAACACAAACCCCAUCUGCAGGCGUUGUCGAGUCACAGUUCUCAUAUGCAAACCUACUUCGGCGACAGGAGACGCGAAGGCAUUCGUUUCGAGUCCCAACCCUACCGUCUAUUCCUUCAAACAGCAGUGAGGACUCCGAUGAGCCUUCUGAAUCGCGCUUUGCACGGAUAUUCCCUGCCAAGGUAUCGCAGAAAUUUGCAUUCCACGAUAAUACGCGGAAUCUAUUUCGAGAAAGCUGCGACGAUGAAUUUUCGGAGUACCUGUUGUCCUUGGCGGCUCGAUCAGCCCAGAAGCAGCUGAAGGAGCAAGCCUUGGCUGCCUUUCCUAAUGAACAAGUCUACCAGCCGGUAGAUCAUUUCGCCAUUGACGAGGAAGGCAGAGACUCGGAUGGAGAUGCGGAAUUGAUAGAUACUCAUCGACACCAUAUCAAGUCUCGCCGGCAAUCAUCGGCUGACCUCUCCUGGGAGCUUGAAUACUUGCGUCAGCACAAGGAGGAAGCACAACAGCGUCUGAGAGCGAUGGUUUCGUCAUCAAAGCGCGCUGAUCUCUCAUCGCAGGGCUUGAGGUCGACACCCAAGAAUAAUGGUCCAAGCCCACCAAUGCUCGGUGCCGAUAUCGUUCUCCCGCAAAGCUUGUCUCCAGAUGGUACUCUGUGCGAGGAGACUUCGGCCGAGAAUUAUGUCUCUCGAACAGCUCAGGAUCCCUGCACUGACUGCGGGGGUCUUUGGUGUGCGACUAAUCGCGCAGAAGAUGGCCGAGGUACAGGGCUCUGGAUGGGCACCUGCCGGAAGAGCGACGAGGGCCUUGAGCGGAGUUCACUAAUAAUGACAGGAAUUAUGACACCGAUGCUCCAAAGCGAUGAUUUUGAAGAAGGUCUGUGUGCUCUGUCAUCAACGGCCCCAGCAAGUCUAGAGAGCUUUCAACCGCCACGGAGUGGUACGAGUCCAACCUUUUCUAAGGCAUUCGGUGAUGAAUUCCAUGAUGGCUUCGUGACACAGAUCUAUAACUACUUGUCCCUGGGUUACCCUUGCGUGGCUCGUUUUUAUGAUCAUGAACUCAGUAAGAUCUCAGGAAUUGCCAUCGAAGAUCUUCGACGAGAUGACCUCUGUACCGAUGCCCGAGGGUACGUGGCCCCUGCCGCUAGCAUUGUUGUAAUCUGUACUCGUUGGAAAGCUCUCCGUCUCUACAUCCAUGAGUGGGCCCGGCAGCAACCAAAUAUGAUGGAAGAUGAAAAUAGCCUCGAGGCCUGGGGAAUGCCAGAACGAAGAGGGAGCUGGGCAAUCUGA